ACCUGAAAUUGCCGGCUCAUUUGUUUCCCGAAAGGCUCUUAGUUUAAAAUGCUUGCAAAUAACUUUUUUUUAUUGAUUAUGAAGUGCGGAUAUAAAAUCGUUGUAACCUUGUCUGCAAAUAAAGUUUGAGCUUAAAAUUAAGGUAAUACGGAGCCAAAUGAACUGCUCCUUUCACCAAUGUGAUUCGGUUCCCAAAAUUCACCAAAAGAGCCAUACCCAGCGAGCGACCUAGCUCUAGUAGUUUUUAAAAACUGAGGACAUUAGCUCGAUACGUACAGUAUUUCGGCAAUGAGAGCAAUUCGUUCUAACCAGAUGAGUACCAUGGGUCUGCGUCGCCUUUUAUUGCUUUUCGCCAUGGCCCAGCAGAACGUCUUAAUAGCUGCCACCGAUGUACUUGAGCUGGGGGAUUCGGAUUUCGAAUACACGGUAGCAGAGCACGAUACCCUACUUGUGGAAUUCUUCGCCCCUUGGUGUGGCCACUGCCAGAGACUGGCUCCAGAAUAUGAAACCGCAGCAACAAAACUAAAGGGGAAAGUAUAUUUGGCCAAAGUAGACUGCACGGUGAACUCUGAAACCUGUGGACGCUUUGGGGUCAAUGGGUACCCGACUCUCAAAAUCUUCCGCAAUGGAGAGGACUCAGCUGCUUAUGAUGGACCCAGGACUGCAGAUGGCAUUGUGAGUUACAUGACGAAACAGGUGGGUCCCAGCUCAGUUGCUCUGCACAGUGAAGGAGAUCUGGAUGCAUUCAUCAACAACUUUGAAGCCAGUGUAGUUGGGUUUUUCUCAGGCGAGGAGAGCACUCAGCUGGCUGAGUUCUUGAAGGCAUCUAGUGCCAUGAGAGACAACCACCGCUUUGCCCACACAACUGACCUGAGCCUUGGCCUCAAACAUGGCGUGGAAUCAGAGGCUGUACUGCUCAUCCGUCCCCCCCGACUCAACAGCAAGUUUGAGGACAGUGUGAUUAAGACUACGGCAUUCUCGACCGCUUCUCUCCGUCAGUUCAUCGGAGAUCAUGUGUUUGGGCUGUGCCCCCAUUUGACAGCAGAAAACAGAGACGACAUGAGUGGACGAGACUUACUGGUGGCAUACUACGACGUGGACUACCUUCACAACAUCAAGGGCACUAACUACUGGAGAAACAGGGUGAUGAAAGUGGCCACCAAGUUCCAGUCUCAGGAGCUGAACUACGCCGUGGCCAACAGGGCUGAGUUCCAGGAUGAACUUAAGGAGGCGUUUAACCUGGGGCCGUCGGACAUGCAAGAACUCCCUCUCAUCACCAUCAGAACAAAGGAGGGCAACAAGUACAUCAUGCAGGAGGAGUUCACACCGGAUGGGAAAUCCCUGGAAAGAUUUCUGGAAGAUUACUUUGCUGAUAAACUGAAGAGGCACAUCAAAUCGGAGGCUGUCCCGCAAAACAACAACGGCCCAGUAAAGGUGGUGGUGGCGGACAACUUUGAGGAAAUGGUGAAUAACCCUUCCAAGGACGUGCUGCUGGAGUUUUAUGCACCCUGGUGUGGUCACUGCAAAAGCCUUGAGCCCAAAUACACAGAGCUAGGGGAGAAGCUGUCCGCUGACGAUAACAUUAUUAUAGCAAAGAUGGACGCCACUGCAAACGAUGUUCCAUCUAUGUACGAUGUCCAAGGUUUCCCCACAAUUUUCUUUGUUCCUGCGGGACAGAAGGACCAACCUCAGAAAUACACGGGUGACCGCGAAGUGAACGACUUCAUCAGCUAUCUUAAGAAGGAGGCAACACAUCCCCUUGUCCUGGGCACUACUAGAGAAGACUUGUGAGAGCGAUGAAGAACAAGUAAAAAGUGGUGAAAGCAGGUGUCCGUGGCAAAGAAGCAGAAGAUAAAACCCUUUAGAAAAGAAGCCACCCUUUGCAACCCCGUUUCAGAUCAGAAGAUCUCUCAAUUUUCUGUGCCUUACUAAACAAUAAGCAAUUUGGAGAUUUAAAUAUGAAAGUUCUCAAUGUGAAAGAAUGGCGCAUCUUCAUGCGCAGUAACAAGCAGCACAUGCACAGUUUGGCUUUGAAAGAAAACCGAUAACUUGUGGAUUGUGGUAAUAUUUCCAGGAAGGAUGUACUAAUGUAAUGUCUUUGACAGAGAUUCUCAGUUGCAUACUCCUUGUGUCCAUUCUCAUCUCCUUUCCAAAACCCAUUGAAGGAAAAAGUGAAAACAGAGUGACAAAAUGUUUUAAUCCUCAGAUUUGAACUGGGAUUUUUUUAAUCAUAUUUAUUUGAAAAGGUGAAAGGCCACUGGUGAAACUUCACAACUCUAACUUAUUCUCAGUUUCCCACGUGUAGGAAGUGAAAUCAAGUGAAAAUUUGCACUGGGAACUAGGAGUUUACUCUAACUGCAAUUGCUACUGAACAAUGGGCUUUCCUUAGUAAAGUUGUGUAAUUAUAUUCAGAUGUAGAAAAGGACAAAUGUGCAAAAAAAAAUCUCAGUUGCUUAAGGUGCAAAGGCUCGGUCCAAAAUCUCCCAUAGGUGUCCAGUUGGGUUGAGAUCUGAUGACUACCAAUCAUAUGCGGCCAAUGGCAUAUGAUUUACAUCACAUCAUUUUCAUACUCAUCAAACCCUUCAGUGACCCCUUGUGCCCUGUGAAUUUGGGCAUUGUCCUCCAGGAAGAGACACAAUAAUGAGCCAUCUUUUCAUGUGACAACACUGAAGAAAUGACACUUUGCUACAAUGUAAAGUAGUGAGUGUACA